AUGCAAGGGUUUCGCUAUCGCCCAGAACUGAUGGAGGGUCUUCCCGAGGCGCUCACUACAGAGCUCAAGAAAUAUGAAGAUUGGUUCUUGCUUGAGCCACCUAAAUUGAAGGCUAUCACAGAUCACUUUGCUCGGGAGCUGGAGAAAGGUCUUACCGUUGAAGGUGGAUCUAUUCCUAUGAACAUCACAUGGAUCAUGAGAUACCCAACAGGCCAGGAGAAAGGACGCAUUCUCACAGUUGACCUGGGAGGGACCAAUAUCCGUGUAUGUGAUGUCUGCCUUUCCGCCGGUAGGAGAGACUUUGAGCAACGUCAGAGGAAAUACAAGCUUCCGGAGGAAGUCAAGAUAACCACAAAAGAAGCCCUGUGGGGGUUUAUUGCAGGCCGAAUCGAGUCAUUCCUCACUGAAAGUCACUGUGAUAUCAGUGCUUCAGACCCACUACCAAUGGCGUUCACAUUCUCGUUCCCAGUGGAGCAGAAAUCCAUCCGCAGUGGCGUUCUGCAGCGCUGGACCAAAAACUUCAAUGUUUCUGGGGUGGUAGGGCAUGAUGUGGUACCUCAGCUGGAAGAGGAACUUGCAAAAAGGAAAAUCCCAGUGAAACUGGUUGCGCUCAUCAACGACACAGCGGGGACCCUUGUCGCCUCACGUUACCGGGAUCCGCAGGUAAAGAUUGGUAGCAUUUUCAGCACUGGCUGCAAUGCAGCAUAUAUGGAAGAAUGUCGGUUGAUCCCAAAGUUGCGUGAUUCGGGACUGCCGGAAGAUGCAACCGUAAUAAUCAACACCGAGUACGGCUCCUUUGAUAACGAGCGUAAGGUGCUGCCCUUAACUCCAUUUGACCGCCAGAUCGACGAGGAAUCUGCCCAUCCAGGCAGGCAGAUCUAUGAGAAAAUGGUGGCUGGUUUGUACAUAGGAGAAAUGCUGCGUCUGGUGAUGCUGAAAAUGCAUGAGGAUGGCGUACUAUUCAAGGGCCAAGAUGUCUCGCGUCUUCGGACCGCGAACUCAUUGGAGGCAUCGUUUCUGUCUACUGUCGAGAUGGACAUGUCAGAAAGUCUGACCGACAUGAAAGAAGAGUUCAAAGAAAGCCUCAAUCUGGAACUCUCGCUAGACGAACUAAAAGCGUGCCGUCAUCUUAUUGGUCUGAUCGCGAUGCGUGCAGCGCGUCUCUACGCGUGUGGAAUUGCGGCUAUCUGCAUGAAGAAAGGGAUCCGUCAAUGCCACGUUGGGGUUGAUGGCUCAGUGUUCAGUAAAUAUAGUAUGUUGAAAGGACGGGCAACCCAGGGUCUUCGUGAUAUUUUUGGUUGGGAUUCAGGCAUAUUGGACUUGAUUGCUCUAAACUCGGCCGAGGAUGGGUCUGGAGUAGGAGCAGCUUUGGUUGCGAGUUUAACACUUGACCCGAAGCUCACUGCGUCGUUGUCAUCGCUGGGCAAGGUAUGUUGGAUGCGCCUGGAGUACGAGGUGAUCCGCUUUACCAUCAUACCCGACCAAGGCACACAAGUGUGGGCAUCAAUACCAGUCGGAACUAUAUUUGAUGACACAACCUAUGAGCUAGAGUCCAAUUCCGACGCCAUCAACAUUGAAGUUAACAUCAGCGUCCUAAACCGAGCCCUGCGCUCCGCUUGGGGCUCAACGCAUUCACAACUCCGCCUAACUAAAAAAGACAAAACUCCUCUCUUGGCGCUAACCGUCCUCGCAUCAGAAUGGACAGAGGGAAACAUGGCCUUGGCCACCAAUAAUGACGCAGAUGGCUUUGGCGACGACGCAAACCCAGAACCACCAGCCGACACGACAGGCGAUCGAGGACCACGCGAGCGCCAGACAUGGAUCACGCAAGAAAUCCCGAUCAAGAUCCUCCACGAGUCAGCAGUCGAUGGCCUGCACGAGCCGCACUGCCCAGACCCCGAAGUGCACAUUAUCCUACCCAACCUAGCGCAGUUAAAGAGCAUAUCCGAUCGCUUCACGAAACUCGCAUCCACAGACAGUAAAAGCCGACAGCCGGGUAUGAUGGCGCCCGAAGCCCCGGGGAUGCACUCUGUUUCUUUUAGUGGGUCGGGCGCUAACACGGCUGCCACGGCACUGUCCACCAACUCGUCUCCCAAGCUAGAGUUAUCUGCUAAUAUGCAUGGCUCGCUACGACUGGCUAUUGCUACGGAUGAGCUACGUAUCGCGAGUGUCUGGUCUGAUCUCGUCAACCCGCCGUUGGACCCUGCGCAGAUGACCCAGGAGCAGAUGAGCCAGCUUCCAAGCGAGCUUAAUCGGAAGCGGGAGGCGAGUGAGGGAUUCGAGUCUGGUUGGGCUAAGGUGCGAAUUGAUGGAAAGGAUUGGAGUCGGGUGCUCAGUAUUGGGAGACUCAGUCCCAAAGUUGUUGCCUGUAAGUUGACCGAUGAUCCUUGGAAUUGCCGCUCGAUAGUGCAAGUGCUAACUCGGUUCCUCAUGCGCUAUGGUUAG